UCAGUGAACUUCUAAACCCUGCGACUGCUAGUUUUGCUCACAGCGGUUGCAUUGCAUCUACAACAGAGAUUUAGAUUUAAGUGCUUCAUUAAAGAGCUCCGAGCUCGCCGAGGAAAAUGAACCUCUAGUGAAUGAACUCUUACUUCAGGUGAUUAUUUUAAAUUGCUUGCACUUUGUCCCCCCACUGUAGCCAGUUAUUCUGAUCACCCUCUUAUAACACACCCCAUCUCUGUACCAACCGAGGCUAGACUCGACCAUACCAACUCUGACGGCGGUGGAGGGGGCUCGGCAGCAGCAUCAUGACAACUCUAUCCCUUUAGUUGCAAAAAAUACAGCCUCAAGUAAGUGGAACCAGAUUAAAUAGACAUUUUAAUUUGUUUAUAAAGCCCUGCAGGCUCUUUUUGUUUCCUGCAGGGGUGUAGAGAGGAUUUUGGGCUGCACUCCCCUCCUCGCCUCUCUUCCACUGGUGAGACAGUCAGCGGAGCAGGCUGAACAAAGCCAUGGGAGAGAGAGGAGCUUCUGGGAAGAAAUGUCUCACUGACUCUGUCGCCUGGACAACCGGGGCAUGGAGAGGAUGAAAUUAAAGAGCACAAGUUCAGCACAUUUUAAGUGGACCCAGGAGGCCUGAACGCUCCACCUGUAUUUCUCAUCUCAUCAGCCUCAGGUUCCAGUAUGGACGUGGAGGAUGAUCCGCCACUGUUCCAGAGUAGCUGGGGAGGGAUAGAAGACGAGGAGGAGGAGGAGGAAGACGUGGAUGGAGUGGUUCAUUCAGAAGGUCGGAGCUGUUUCUCUGUGGAGGCUGGAGCGUGUGGGCUGUGGAGGGUGCUGGGCUGGGUGUAUACUCAGCCCUGGGCUAGCGGAGUGGUUUUAGGAGUAGCUAUCCUGCUCCCAUGUGCCCUCUUUGCCUAUAUGCUCCUCUACUGCCCUCCUCUGGACAUAGACCUCUCCUACAGUGCCUUUGAGGUUCACAGUCACUUCUCCGCUGAGCGCUUUGACGCCCUCACCAUUGCCGUUAAAACUCAGCUGGGCUCCUGGGACAGGCGGAGGCGGGACUUAGAUUACAGCGAGGCCGAUGCCCUGCAGGAGCUUCUGUUGCAGAAACUGGGCAGGCAGGGAGCGUUCAACAGGACAGAUAAUGAGGGCGUGAGGUCCUCCACUUCUCAAAACAACACUUUAGACUCAGGAGUUGAUCAGAGGAGAGACGCUGUAGUGAGGAGAGAUAAAAGAACAGCGCAGGAUUUGACUCAGGAGAAAAUAAUGAAGCACAAGAACUCGCAUGAAAGAGCAGAGGAGGACGAAUUGAGACCGUGGGAGGAAAAUUCAAGUUUGCCGCUCAUUAGGAGGCGCAGGUUCACUCCCAAUUACUACACACAGAGUCAGGCUAUGUGGAGGAUUGAGCUGGUGUUUGUGGCUCAAGGAGACGGUGAUCAAAACAUCUUUACCCCAGAGCGUCUGCAGACUAUUCAUCAUGUGGAGCGUCUGCUCAUGCAGCACCCACAGUUUCAUCAAUUCUGCUGGAAGCCUCUAGAGAUGUUAAGAGAUCUGCCUCUGGGGCCGUCCUACUGUUCCCCUCCCAGCUCCCUCCUGUCCUACCUUUACCCCAGUGAGAGAGGUGGGAAGAUUUACUAUGACGGCAUGGGCCCAGAUUUGGCUGAUAUUCAAGGUUCUCUGAGUCUGGCCAUCACCCACCCUCAGUUCUACUGGUACGUGGAUGAGAGUCUGUCCCCCGAGCAUCUCUCCUCCUCUCUUUUACGCAGCGAGAUCCACUUUGGAGCUCCUCUUCCUUCCUACUACUCCCUGCAGGAUCGAGCCGAGGAGCAAAGAACUCACUUUAAAAACUUUGUGGUUCAGUAUGCAGACAUGCUGGCCAAGCAGUCUACCAGCCAGGUGAAGGUGCUGUAUGGUGGAACAGAGCUGUUUGAUGAUGAGGUGAGACACACCUUCCACAAUGACAUGAUGCUGGCUGUCAUCAGUGGAGCCUGCAUCACCGUGCUCGUCUAUGUCCUAACCUCCUUUUCUGUGUUUCUGACUUUCUUUGGACUUGCCAGCAUCGGUCUGAGCUGCCUGAUGGCUCUUUUCCUGUACCAUGUUGUCUUUGGGGUGAGGUACCUGGGAAUUCUCAAUGGAGUAGCAGCCUUUGUAAUCAUCGGGAUAGGGGUGGACGAUGUAUUUGUGUUCAUCAGUACCUUCAGACAGGCGUCCCACCUGCGUCAGCCACAGAAGCGAAUCAUCUACACCAUAAAAACCGCUGGCAGAGCCACUUUCCUCACCUCCUUCACCACUGCGGCUGCCUAUGCUGCCAACACCUUCUCUCAGAUUCCAGCCGUGCAUGACUUCGGCCUAUUCAUGGCCCUCAUUGUAAGCUGCUGCUGGCUCUGGGUAUCCGUCCUGAUGCCAGCAGCGCUGUGCAUCUGGACCGAGUGCGUGGAGCCUCAGGAACACGCCUGGCUGAAUUGCUGGAAGCUGUUUUCCGGGCUGUCAGCAAGCCACGGCCCUUUGUCAGAUGAGGAUGAUGAUGUGGCGCUUCUGUCGGUGGAGAUGGAGCCAGGCUCCUGUGACACAGACGGCGAUGCAGCUGUUCUCUCCCUGUCACUGGAGACACCUCUGUCCCCUCCAGGGCAGCAGCACGUGGGUGUGGUUAGCACAAAUCUCCAGUGGGCCCUGAAGCAUUUGGUAGCAGAGCCAGCUGUGGAGCGAAGAAGAGCUGUUCUAGGAGUCUUCCUCUUGGUUCUGCUCUUAUCUGCCGGCUGCUGCUGUCUCCUGAGGCCGGCCACUCACGCUCCGCUUCUUUUCCGCCGGGACACCAACCUCCAGUCUCUGCUGGCUCUGAGGAGCAACCUCAGCGGUCAGGGCAUCUCCUGCCCCAUGUGCUCAGGUGUUUUCAUGGAAAAGCCCCACCUUUUGUACAGCCACACCUCUUCAUCAGCUUUUAAGUUUUCUACACAUCAGCAAGCAACAAGCACAAUGACGUCUACGUCUGCUCGGAGCUCAGUGAGACACAACUUAAGCACAGAUCAAACAGUUUCUUUAUUUACAGUUUACAUAUCAAAGUUGGAGCUUGGCGCUUCCACAACUCUCUACCGCUUCUCCCUUAACACCAGCAUCCCUGCCCCGUGGAAACUGUGCAGCACAGAUCAUGAAGAGGUGUCAUCAUUUCAGGCUUAUAAUCAGCCCUGCAGCAAUUUCACCAGCAGAAUGACAGUGUGUGUUUCCCAUGUGUACCAUCCGUACCCCAGCUGGAUGAUUACAUCCACCUCGUGUGACCCCCGUCAUGGCUGGACGGCAGAGUUUGCUUUUUACGUGGCGUCGUCUCCGCAGCUGCACAGCAGGAGGCUGUACUUUGCCCAGCGCCGCCUGAGACCUCAUCCCACCCGUGUUUGUGUCGGUCCACCUGGCUGUGGGAUCAGUUCUGGGCCUGAUGGACCCACACAGGGAUCGUUCUACCUCCCUCUUCCUGGUGAUCCCUCGUCUGCUGCCAAGACGAAAUCAUCCAAAACGUCUGGUUUUAACCCAUGUAGUGGCAGCGCAUGUGGUCAGCCAGCAGUGCGUCCUCUGGUGGACACAGGGGCGAUGGUCUUUGUUGUGUUUGGCAUCUUAGGUGUUAACCGAACAGGACGCAGGGAUAACCAUGUGAUUGGAGAUUUGGGCAGCAUCAUAUUGGACCCAGAUUUUGAUAUUUUCCAGGAAAUGGGGAGUCUUUGCAAAAUCUGCAAAGCUAUCAGUGCAAACAGGAAACUUGUGAAGCCAGGAGGAGCACAGUGUUUGCCUUCAGGUAAUAAACUGUCAUCCAUUUUGCCUCUGCUCCACCCUGAGUGUCACUCUCUCCCAGAGCCCAACCUGCUCCCAGGGCAGCUCUCACACGGCGCCGUGGGGAUGCAUGGAGGAAAGGUCCGUUGGCUCUCCAUGGCCUUUGAGUCUACUACAUACAAGGGGAAAUCCUCCUUUCAGACCUACUCUGACUUCCUCCAGUGGGAGAACUUCAUUCAGGAGCAGCUUGCUUCCCUCCCCCAGUCCUCCGCUCUGCAGCGAGGUUUUCAGACCUGUGAGCACUGGAAGCAGAUCUUUAUGGAAAUCAUAGGUGUGGAGAGUGCCCUCUGGAGUCUGCUGCUGUCUCUGGCCAUCUGUGUGGCAGCUGUGUCUGUGUUUACUGCUCAUCCUCUGCUGCUGCUGCCUGUGCUCAUCACCAUACUAGGGGUGAUCUGUCUGGUGGUGGCCAUCAUGUACUGGCUGGGCUGGGAGAUGGGAGCAGUGGAGGCGAUUUCUCUCUCUAUACUCGUGGGUUCUUCAGUGGAUUACUGUCUGCACCUGGUGGAGGGAUACCUGCUGGCUGGAGAGAGCAUGCCCUCUACAUCAGGUCAAACCUCGGAUCUUGCAGCUGAGAGGCAGAGGCGCACCCUGGAGGCUGUCAACCAUGUGGGCGUGGCCAUAGUAUCCAGCGCCGUCACCACAGUGAUCUCCACAGUCCCUCUCUUCUUCUGCGUCAUCGUGCCUUUUGCCAAAUUCGGACAGAUUGUGGCCAUAAACACCGCCGUCUCCAUUGUGUUCACCCUGACUGUGACAGUGGCCAUGUUGGCCUGCAUGGCUCCCGCUCGUUUCAGCAGACCCCGUGGCGCCGUGCUGAAGGCCAGCCUGGCGGUAAUGGCAGCGGCAGCCUUGGGAGCGGCUUUGUGCUGGGUGGGAGGACAGCUGGGGGCAUUAGCCUGGCAAUCAGUCAGCACUUAAAAACAACUUAACUCCAGCUCUCACUGAUGUGAGGCUGGGGAGACCCUCUGUAUGCAAACAUGAUGACUAUAAGCACUCAACUCUCCUUUAUGAUCAGGAGGAUUAUCAGAUCAAUGAUUUGAUCUUUACAGCACAAAGAUGUCAGACUAUUUCCAUCUUUUUCACUCAUAAUGAUCAGUGGAUUGUAAGUACUAAAAUAUUAUGUAAACCAUUUGUGACUCACAUUUGUGGGUUGGCCAACCACUUUCUCGGUUCAUAUGAUUCAGCUUUCAUUUUUUUCUGCUUCGAUAUCGCCUUCGGUCCAGAGGUGGAGAUGAUUGAGUAACCAUUGGGAAACACUGGCUGAGUCACAGUUUUCAUCAGUGUAACUUACUGAGCUGUGAAGAACCGCUGACUGUGCCGUGACCUGCUGUUGUGAUUACCGUCAGGGCCGUGUGCUCUGACGUCCUUGAAGAUUAGUGUUGCCACUUCCCUUGACUCACAGGCACCUUGUGAAUGUGUUUUUGGUGUUUUCUCAGAUGGAUAUUGAAUGUUUUUUUCAGCCAUAUUUGUUAAAAAAGGUAAUGAUGUCCUGAUGUGGCUGGGUUAAAGGUCGUACUCAGAUUUAUAAGCUACUCACUUUUCUUAAUGUAACAUGUGAUGUAAAUGUUUCAGUUUGCUGCUCUCACAAAUACCAUCCUCAUUUCUGACACCAUCUCAUGUUUAUAUCUUCGAUCUAUUUUUAUCAUCAGCACCAGCUGAAAGAAACCUCUCAUCAUGUCCUCAGGUGUACUCCUUUCACAUCCUCCACAACACUUGUAGGCACUCACUACAAGCUACGACGCUCUCACACGAUUUAGAGCACCACUCACGCUUCCAUCCAUGUCGGCUCCUCUUUGCCCCAGAGUGAAGGUGAAGGCCAUUUGUCAAGCCACAUAACACAAUAAUGGUACGGGAGAGGGGCUCACUCUAUUACAUCAAGAGCAGUAAAUUUCUGUUUUGUGAG